AUGGCACCCCCAUAUCGUUUCCGUUCAUUAACCCUCCACACCCGCUUGGUCACUCUUUUACUACCAUUAUUCCGCGCGGUCCCUACAGCUUGUUUUCCAGCUUCAAUUAGCGCCGGUGGUAUUAGGCACGGGUUGGCACAACGUGAUCCAGCUAGACUUCGUACUGGACCCUUCGUCACCACUAGUCCCGCGGUCAACUUUUCAACAAACAAAACAUCUUUGAAUCGAAAUAUGAUGUUCAUCAUUUUAGGGGUUGUCUGCAGCCUGAUGUUCCUAGCUCUUCUCUGCUUUAUCGCCCAUUGUGUUAUCAAAGCUCUGCAGCGCCGUCGAGUUCGUGCUGCAUCUCACUCGAUUAAUACCCGUCGAGAAUCAACCGACUCUAUCUGGGGAAUUACAGAGGAACCACAUUCUGCGUAUGCAAGAGAUGAUCGAAUUCCAUACGACUAUCCUCAACUCAACCAAACCUCGCUGGGAACAGCCACAAUCUCUCGCGGUGAAAUGUCGGAAAAGGAUCUCAAUUUUCCCGCGUGGAAGAGUAAAGAUCUUACUUCCCCGGAAAAAUGGAACCAACCUUCACCGGCGUAUCAUGAGGAUGGGUACACGGGUAUCCCGCCGUACGAUCUCGAGAAGGGAAACAACUAUUCUCGCGAAAGUCUACCGCCUAUGGUACCAUCAAAAAACCUUGAUGAGAAGCCUCGAGACACAACUAGCGCUAUAAUUGAGGAUAGAUUCGGGCCAAGUGUGAUCAAUAGGAGCGAGACCAGUAGUAGUUAUGAAAGCUAUCGAAAAACAAUAACAACGCCGGGAGCGAGACCACCCACUACACCGAAGCCUCAGCAACUAGAUAUGAUUUAA